AUGAGUUCACAGUCAAACCUAAUCCAUCAAGGAGGCAACCCUUCCUCAGCACGGCGUAAUCUGGAUCUGGCAGCGGAGGAUGAGAUUAUCCGCAUCCCAGCAUGUGAUCUGUCUGAGGCGUCUGAACGUUUCAAGAGAACACUUAUUGGUAGAGUCCUUCACAGAGGAGGAAGAAGUGUUGAAGCGAUGAUUGCCCUCCUUCCGAGAGCUCGUAUCUGGAACGUGGAAGGGAGAGCACGCGGGGUGAAUCUGGGUAACGGCUGGUUCCGCUUUGAUUUUGAUAAGGAGGAAGAUCUCGUCAUGGUUCUGAAUAAGAGGCCUUGUCACUUUAAUCAUUGGAUCUUUGCUCUGGAACGAUGGGAACCAUCAACAAGCGAAAACUUCCCCAACACGAUCCCUUUUUGGAUCAAGAUCACGGGUGUACCAGUGCACUUCUGGAAUGAUUAUACCUUCAAUUCAAUUGCAAAAGCACUGGACAAGAAGGUGGAUAUUGAUGCAAAGAACGCUCGUAUCCAAGAUGCAGAUCAACCUCUAAAGAUGGAGGCAGAAGUGGAAUUUCCCAAUGGAGAUUUCGGAAAAGUAUACAUGACAUACGCAGGCCUCAACCGUCACUGCUAUGGAUGUAAACGUAUCUCCCAUGAUAUUUACUCUUGUUUGGAUCUGGCUCAGGAGGAGCGUGAGAAAAAGAUAAAAGAAUUUCGGGAGCUCAACGCAUCGGCCUCUCAAGCCCACACGUACCAAGCUCUGGCUGGACCGGGGGGGGGGAGACUACAAGGGCAGUGCACCAAGUAA